CACAUUGUUAUCUGCACCAAAGGCGAGCACACCUAACUGCACAUCCCAGUCUGCGGCGGCCGGAUGCCUGUUCCCCCAACACUGAUGUAUUCUGUCGUGAUUGACACCAUGAAUGCGCCGGACAAUGAUCGCCAAUUAGUGGUCUAAGUUGGUAUAGAAGUGCAGCGACAAAGUCCAACUAUGGACACGGGCAGAGAGGCGCUAUCUUUCGAUUGCUGAGGAGAGAAUGGAUCGAUGACCACUUUUUGUGCUCGGAAUUUAAGCUUAUCGAUAAGCGCGGCCAUCGCAGAGCUGCCCCUCUCCGUUUGCAUUUUCCUCCUACUCGUAUGUCUUCGGUCAACGCGACUCCUCGACUAUUCCUGAAUCAAUAUUUGACGGCCACAUUUUCUCCGGCCGUGGGUCCAUUCUGAAGCAGUCAUGGCUGACCCUUCUGCCGUGAAAGGCGGUGCCGAUAGCAUCACCAUUACUGUUGAGUUCACUGGUGGUCUGGAGAUUCUCUUCUCCAAUGAGCGAAAACAUCAUAUCACGCUACCCGCUCAAGUAGAUGACGGUGGCCGGCCAACCAUCGCUUACUUAUUACGAUAUCUGGUUGACAAUGUUAUGAAGGAUCAAAGGAAAGAGCUAUUUAUAAUGGAAGACAAUGUACGACCUGGUAUCCUCGUCCUUAUCAACGAUGCCGACUGGGAACUGGAAGGCGAAGAGAAAUACGAGCUCCAGUCAGGGGACAAUAUUGUAUUCGUCUCAACACUUCACGGAGGAUAGAUCCGCCUGGAAGCCUACAUGCGCUCUAUAAGAAUCAUCAUUUCCAUGCACUCGACAUGAUCUAAGGUCAAUUGUAUACCGCGCAGCAUUUGAGUCCAGACCGAACAUACGAUCAGACAACAUCGUCCACAUGCUGUUGCGAUAUCCUCUCCGGCUCACGAGGAGUUCGAAGGCCGCUUUGUGGUGUUGAAAAUCCAUCCUUGGGACUGCCUAUUCCUCCAACCAAGGGAGACGGCACCCCACUGGGAGGUACCGGAAUCUUGAUAUCUUGCGGAGAGCCAGGUAUAAUUUCUUUUGGCAAAUCAGGGAUGUGUAUUCUGCGCGCCUCGUUUUGGUAGCUUUCCGGGAUAAUCUGCACGAAGUGGUUUUAGUCGG